UUUUGCAACUCACUCUUUCAAACUGUUUCUGACCUCACAAUUGAACUUCCUCUUCCUCUACCUGAUUCCAAUCUUUACUAAUUCAGAUCAAACAAUUUUCUGCAAUCCCACUAUACUCUUCACUCUUCUACCCACUUGAAUCAUUCCCAUCUUCUCUAACUCAUCAAAACCUGGGUGAAUGAUGAGCAGUAUCAGUUGUCAUCAACAAGAUUUUCAAUCAUGGUGCUGAUGACAGGAUGAUUAGAACACCAAUCCUGCAACAGACCCAUUUCUUGAUAGCACAAGAGGAUCCUUUGCAGAGCCCAGAUUUAUUGAGGUUAAAGGAGAAAGAAUGCCUUUCUAUGUUGCAGAGAUGCAAGAGUAGUGAAGAAUUCAAGCAGGCUCACGCUCAAUUCCUCAAGUUGGGUUUAGAUGGUGACCCUCGCCGGUCAGGCAGCCUUGUCGCCGCCUGUGCUUUAUCAGAUUGGGGCAACAUGGACUAUGCCUGUUCAAUCUUCCGGCGAAUUGAAGAACCGGGUAUAUUCGAAUACAACACCAUUAUUAGAGGUCAUGUAAAGGAUAUGGAUUCUCAAGCAGCCCUUCUCUUGUAUAGGAAAAUGCUUGAAAGAGGUAUAGAACCAGACAAUUUCACAUAUCCAUCUCUUCUCAAGGCCUGUUCUUAUUUAUCAGCACAAGAAGAAGGAAUUCAGAUCCAUGGGCAUGUUUUUAAGUUUGGAUUUGAAUCUGAUUUGUUUGUGCAGAACAGCUUAAUCAAUAUGUAUGGGAAGUGUGGAGAGGUGAAGCAUUCUAUUAGAGUUUUUAAGAAGAUGGAUGGAAGAAGUGAGGCUUCUUGGAGUUCUCUUAUUGCUUCUCAUUCUAGAUUGGGGUUGUGGAGUGAGUGCUUAAGGCUGUUUGGAGACAUGAGCAGUGAGGGUUGUUGGAGGGCUAAUGAGAGCACAUUAGUCAGUGUACUAUCUUCAUGUACUCAUUUAGGUGCUUUAGAUCUAGGGAGGUGCACACAUGUGUCUCUGUUGAGGAACAUAAGUAGACUUAAUGUUAUACUAGAAACAUCCUUGAUAGACAUGUAUGUUAAAUGUGGAUCUCUGGAGAAGGGUUUCUCUAUCUUCCACAAGAUGCACAACAAGAAUCAGUUGUCUUAUAGUGUUAUGAUCUCAGGGCUUGCCAUACACGGGCGCGGUAAGGAGGCUCUCAGUGUCUUCUCGGAUAUGCUCGAAGAAGGAUUAGAACCAGAUGCUGUCAUCUAUGUGAGUUUGCUUAGUGCAUGCAGUCAUGCUGGUCUUGUGUCCGAAGGUCGCGAAUGUUUCACAAGGAUGAGACUCGAGCAUCACAUUGAACCAACAAUUCAGCAUUAUGGAUGCAUGAUCGACCUUUUGGGUCGCGCAGGGCUGCUCAAUGAAGCAUAUGAACUGAUCAAGAGCAUGCCAAUGGAGCCAAAUGAUGUUGUGUGGCGUUGCUUGCUUAGUGCCUGUAGAGUUCAUCAGAACCUUGAAUUAGCAGAAAUUGCAGGUGAGAAGCUUUUCCAGUUAGACCCACAUAAUGCUAGUGAUUAUGUGCUUCUAUCAAACAUCUAUGCAAAGGCUCACCAGUGGGAAGACAUGGCAAGGAUGAGGAAAGACCUGGCUCAGAAGGCCUUGGCGCAGACGCCAGGGUUUAGCACUGUCGAGGUGAAGAGAAAGGUGCACAAGUUUGUGUCACAGGACAAGUCGCACCCAGACUGUGAUGCCGUGUAUGAGAUGAUUCACCAGAUGCAGUGGCAGCUACGGUUUGAAGGUUACAUCCCAGACACUUCACAAGUUCUUUUAGAUGUUAAUGAAGAAGAGAAGCAGCAACGACUAAGUGUUCACAGUCAAAAGCUGGCUAUUGCCUUUGCUCUUAUACAUAAAAGCCAAGGAUCCACAAUUAGAAUUGUUAAAAACCUCCGGAUGUGUAGUGAUUGUCACACAUAUACUAAAUUGAUUUCCAAGAUCUUUGAGAGAAAGAUUAUUGUUAGAGAUAGAAAUCGCUUCCACCAUUUUCAAGAUGGAAAUUGUUCUUGUAGAGACUACUGGUAAAUGAUCUGUUAUAACCUCCAUUUCAGAGGAGCAAAUGAUUUUUUGCUUAUACU